AAUAUACAUAGUACUACCUCUAGUGCUAGUUCAUUUGUUGUAUCAUGAUACCGCCUGGCAUUCGUUGCAGCGUGCAUGUUGCAUAUUAUCUCUGGUAUGGCAAUCCAGAGACGGAUGGCAAAUGGAUGCAUUGGGAUCACAAGACGUUACCGCACUGGGAUCCGGCGAUAGACCGCAAGCACCCGCCCAAACGGUGGGAGCCGCCGGUCGAAGCGCAUAGUCCAUUUCGUCCUGCGCGUGGUUUGUACUCCUCUGCAGACCCUGUAACUGUCGUUAAGCCUUGGCGUGAGAAGUUUUAGUUCUGUUGCAUUUGGCUGCUAGGAUGGUCAUGCUGUUGCAUACAAGGAGAUUGUCUGCGAGAGACUUGCCUAAAUCAUGUCUACUAUCUAGGCGAGUAUCCCACGACCUUGAUCGAGGACUGUUUAUCCCGCCUUGAUGAAACCAAUAGUGGAAGACAACCCACAGGUGGAAAGAAUGAGCAUGGGGAAGGAGAUAAAACAUAAAUCUCCUGUUAGAGUUAGUAAGAAAAGACAACUGCGGCUUUAAUUCUGAUGCACAUUUCGCAGAGCUGGCAUCGAUGGGCAUAGACAGUGCGAUGUUUUCGUGGUGGGGAAGAUCGAAAUCAAGUGCAGUGACGAAGCGCGACGACGCGGAUAGCGGCGCAGAUACUGAUCGCCUACUACCAUUAGUGCUCGCAGCCGCGAGAAGACACAAAGUGGACGUCAGUUUCCAUAUUGAGCCAUAUGGCGGUCGGUCACCGGAAACUUUCCUUGAUGAUGCGCGGCAUCUCCUGGAGCAAAAAGGCCACGUGGGAACAGCUGAGUUUGCACCACAUGGUGGUGGAGACGUUGUCACGUUUUUCGUGUACGAUGUCUCAAGCAGACAUACGCCACCUCCUGAGCGUAAACGUUGGAAGCUCACUUUUGAAACGCUACGAGAAGAGUUCAAAGGCCUGUCGUUCGAGCUGGUAUUUUUCUGUCUCUGGAUGGAGAACCGAGGCGACGCCGCUUUCGUACGUGAGGCGGGCUUUGACGCAGGCUAUUCUUACUUCGCGGCGACGGGAUUCACGCCAGCGUCAUCACCGACUAAUUGGCCUGGAAUGCCUCGCGAUCUUUUUGUACCCUCCGUUGGGCCGGGUUAUGACGACUCGAUGAUUCGACCCUGGAAUACGCACAACAUUCGCCCAAGGACUGGAAGCCAGUACUUACCUUAAAUAUAAUGCUAGCUCGAACGGUUCUUUCCAUGACAUUUUGACUCAUCGACGCCGUAGUGCUAUUACCUUGAUGGCCCCUCUUUGUAUUUUGAAGAUGGGGGGGACAGAUAGUGAUAGAGGGAGGCUAGAGUAUACUUAGCUAGAUGGCUGGAACCAGAUAGGUCGCCAGGAAGUGAGAGGGUGUGCGACAUGUGCAACACACACUACAACGCAGCGGAGUGGUUGCUGGGGAGCUGCAAGCACAACACAGCGCGGAGCGGUCUAGAGACAAGAAGAGACAAGACGCACACACCGACCAGCUUCGGCGGCGAAACUGGAAGCGCAGCGCCAUCAGAUGAGCAGAAGAAUGACAGGAAAGGGAGAGACACAGCCGGGCCUGGAGGGUUUGGAAUCGGUGGGGCCACUUUCGUGCUUUGCCCGGGAAUGGCUCGGGCCGACUGCUGCGCCUCUGUUUUGCCCUUUGUCGGAAUUAGUGGGGUCGAGUUGCUUACUCAUGGAAUGGGGUGGGCCGAUGUAUGAAUGCUGUCGCCCGCCCUCGUCGAUGGGGUGGGCCGUGCCCGAUGUCUUGAAUGGGGUGACCUUGAUAACACGGGGCUACCGCAUGACGGCUCAGCUGUAUCAACUGCCGACUCUGUGAUUGACAAGAGGUACUCAAACAGAAAAGAGAUCGGAAAAAAGGGCUACGGGGGUAGAAAUGUCUGAUACAUGAACGUGAAUAACAAUAACAGGAGCAAGUUCUUGUGCUCUAGCUAGUUGACCUCUAGUGCGACUCCUCCGUAGCAGCGCUUCUGAGAGGUCUACAUCGUCAGGAACUACCUGAGCCCAGUGAAUACGAAUCUGUAGAAAAGUUAGGACUGUUAGGCUUAAGUGCUUACUCAUAUUUUGUCCUGUAAUGUUGAUGUGAAGUCUGAACUAGGACUAGUUCUGGAUGUUGAUGUAUGAGUCACAUAGUAAAAGUAAAAUGAAGAUGAAUGUUCUUAUAAUACUAAACAAAAAUUAGAAGGUGGCGCAUUCCAUAACUUCUAUGUAAUAAUGUCUCUUAGUAGAUUUGUGGCCGAAUGUACGGUCUUAUGGGCCCCCAGUAUGUAACUUGGAUGACAAUAGUUGAACGUGUUGAUUGAUUGCUUGAAAGGGCGGUGGCAUAUAGUCCUAACGCAAAAAAAAAUCUUAGGUGGUUCUGUGAAACCGCGACAGGGAUACACACAUGACAAAUGAAUAUUCUUGUGAUCGUAUAUUAUCUUGCGCCUAUGUCACAGGUACUAUGAUUCGAUGUGGGCGUCAGCGAUGGAUUUUGAUAUGGUGACAAUCACAAGUUACAACGAAUGGGGUGAGGGAACGCAAAUUGAGCCAGCCGUACAGUACGAGUCACCGAAGCCGGGUUCUAACGUCCACUAUGUGCAUUAUCCAGAUAAUGAUCCCAAUUUUUUUGUAAAGAGAACUCAGGAAUGGGUUCGUAAAUACAAAGCGCAUUGUAGAAUACGAUGGAACACGAACGAAUUACUAGAAGAAGCUGGUGAGGGUGCGGAUGUUAACAUUAGAGGAGAUGAUAGAUCUGUACGACAAGACGAUGAAGACGACUUGAAAAAAAGUAAGUUGAACAAGAAUGGUAACGAGCUUUGACGAUGGAAGCGUCGCUGUGUGCAACCAAGAUCCCUUGG